AUGGGCGUGGGGAAGAAGGUGCUGAACGACGUGAAGCCGUACAUGAUGAUGAUCCUGCUGCAGAUCGGGUACGCCGGGAUGUACAUCGUCUCCGUCGCCUCGCUCAAGCGCGGCAUGAGCCACUACGUGCUCGUCACCUACCGCAACCUCGCCGCCACGCUCGUCAUGCUGCCCUUCGCCCUCUUCUUCGAGAAGGGGAUACGGCCCAAGAUGACCCUCCGCAUCUUCAUCAAGAUCCUGGGGCUGGCGCUGCUCGAGCCUGUGCUUGACCAGAACCUGUACUACGUGGGCAACAAGCUGACCUCGGCCAGCUUCUCGUCGGCGCUGGUCAACAUCCUGCCGGCCGUCACCUUCAUCAUGGCCAUCGUCCUGCGGAUGGAGAAGCUCCGGCUCCGGAGCUCGCACAGCCAGGCCAAGGUCGCCGGCACCAUCUGCACCGUCAUCGGCGCGGUGCUGAUGAUCAUGUACCACGGCCCCGUGGUGCAGUUCCCGUGGGCCAGGGGCGCCCACCACGUCGACCAGGCCGCCUCCGCCGCCGCCGCCCAGAGCAGCUCCACUUGGCUCAAGGGCACCAUCGCCAUCAUCACCAGCUGCGUCGCCUGGGCCGGCUUCUUCGUCCUCCAGUCGAACACGCUCAACAGCUACCCGGCGGCGCUGACGCUGACGACCCUGAUCUGCGCGAUGGGCACCGGGAUCAACGGCUCGAUGGCGCUGGUGGCGGAGCGCCACGACAUGAGCGCGUGGGUCAUCGGCCUCGACACCCGCCUCUUCACCGUCGUCUACUCGGGCGUGGUGUGCUCCGGCGUGGCCUUCUUCGUGCAGGGCAUCGUGACGGAGACGCGCGGGCCGGUGUUCGUCACGGCCUUCCAGCCCCUCUGCAUGAUCAUCACCGCCGUCCUCGGCUCCGUCAUCCUCAAGGAAGAGACCACUCUCGGAAGUGUGAUUGGCGCGGCGAUCAUCGUGCUGGGCCUCUACUCCCUCAUCUGGGGCAAGAGCAACGACAUCAUCGACAAGCCCGUCCACUCCGUGGCCGAGAAGCUGGCCCUGCCGCUCACCUCCGUCAACGGCAACGGCACCAACGGCACCAACGGCAUCUCGCGCAUGCGCCUACGUACGUACUACGUGCGUUUCUUCGGUCUCGUGUAUGGUCAAGAAAUCUGCUCUACGUGUGAUGCAGAAAGGAAGUUGCAUGUGUCGACGAUCGACGGUCUAGUUUCUUUAUUUUGA